AUGAGAGGUCGCUUUGUUGUCACUUUUCUUUGGAUUUUAAUAUGUGUUAUUUCUUAUGCUGUUUUACGGGUAGGAUCAGGAAACAACUGAAAGGUGUGACAGGAGCCCGGCGCACAACUGUGGAUUUCUGCGAGAAAACUCCGUCUACCGUCCAGAGGGGAUGAGGGGGGCAUCGGCCGGACCCCCCUCUUGAUUGAUCACUAUUAGUCAUCCCUUUGGCUAAAUGGGACCCAUUGAAAAGGCACCGUGGAACACAUGAAUCAAAUAUUCCCGUGUCCCCCAUGUCUGAAGAGUAGUUUUGUUGAAGACGGGGGGUCGAGGCUGAAAGCAGCAUAGCUUUAUGGGUUUAUUUUUGACAGUUUUUACGGUUUGACAUUUUACCGCUGUAAAACAGAGAGAGAGAGGGAGAGAAAGAAAGAGAGGGAGAGAGAGAGAGAGAGAGAAGGGAAAACAAACUCAAAGAGGAUUCCAAAGAGAAGAACAUUUGUGGACAUACAUUUUCUUAGAAUUUUAGUUUUGCCCUUUUUUUCUUUUUCUUUUUCUUUUUUGCUUUAUUUUAAUUUUUUUUUUUCUGUCAUUUCCUUCUUCCGAAAAAAUGAAACUUUGGACAUCUCUCUGGCUGUCUUGCCUGGUGAUUCUCAUCCUGUGUUUUGGAUCAGAGUGCGGGACAGCCCGGGGAAAGGGGAGAUCCAAGAGGGACUUGGUGCGCAUGAGGGAGGCGAGAGCCACCACUCCGGGGGCUUGUGCCACACGUCUGCCCCGGGGCAAACGCUCUUUGCCCGGCUUUGAGCGACGGGUGCUGCGCCAGCGACGGCGGUCCUCUCACGCCGAGGACAACUCUCCGUACCGGGGGAAAGCUGUGUAUUUCACCGGCAGAGGAGAUCAGCUGCGGCUGAAGCCCGGCGUGGAGAUACCCAGAGGAAAUUUCACUCUGGAGAUGUGGAUCAAACCCGAGGGAGGUCAACGAUCACCCACAGUGAUUGCAGGUCUGUAUGACAAGUGCUUCUAUGCCUCCAGUGACCGUGGUUGGCUGCUUGGCGUCCGGGCAGUAAGUGAACACAGUAACCGUGACCCCCGUGUUUUCUUCUCUCUCAAAACUGACCGUGCUCACAAAGUGACCUCCAUCCACUCCAAUGCUCGCUACAUACCCAACCAAUGGGUGCAUGUGGCAGUCACGUACGACUGCGUGUACAUGAAGCUCUUUGUCAAUGGCGCCCAAGUGGCCGUCAGUCGGGAACAAUCGGGCGAGGUCUUCAGCCCUCUGACCAAAAAGUGCAAAGUACUGAUGAUUGGCGGCAAUGCACUUAAUCACAAUUACAGGGGCACGGUUGAAAGAUUGAGUUUGUGGAGGCAUGCCCGAGGGCAGAGGCAGAUUAUCAGGGAUAUGCAGGGCCACGAGGACCCCCAUGAUCUACCUCAGUUGAUCAUCCGUGAAACAUUUGAGCAUCCCAGCAGAAAGUGGUUGACCGUAAAAGACGGCACCUUACCUCAGCCUGAGCUGGGAAGAGCUGGUAGUGGGCUUGGAAAUGCCGAUGGAUUAUUGGACACCACACUGGAUCCUCCACCCUGUGGCCAAACUGUAUGUGACAAUGUGGAGGUCAUCAGAAACUACAACCAGCUUUGGAAAUUCCGUCGGCCCAAGAAAGUGCGAUAUCGUGUCAUAAACGUAUGGGACAACGCACGGAUGAAGCCAACUGUGUCCGACCAUCAGAUCAACCUGCAGCACCAACGACUAAACGAGGCCUUCAGCCCGUACAACAUCACCUGGGAGCUCAGCAUUCACAACGUGACCAACUCUUCCCUCCGCCACAGGUUGAUCAUAGCCAACUGUGACAUCAGCAAAGUUGGCGAUGAUGCAUGCGACCUAGAAUGCAACCAUCCCCUGACGGGGUACGACGCAGGAGACUGCAUGUUCGGACACCGCAGCCGUUGUCCUGAACACAAACAAGGGAAUGGUGUCUGUGACCCAGAAUGCAACUCGGAAAACUUCUUCUACGACCUCGGUGACUGCUGCAACCCUAACGUGACAGACGUGACCAAGACGUGCUUCAACCGAUCGUCUCCGCAUAAAGCCUAUUUAGAUGUGAAAGAGCUGAAAGAGAUCCUACAGUUGGACGGCUCCACUCACCUGAACGUCUUCUUUGCCAAUUCUUCUGAUGAAGAUCUGGCGGGGGUUGCCACUUGGCCCUGGGACAAAGAAGCCCUCACACAUUUGGGUGGCAUUGUGCUGAAUCCCUCCUUCUAUGGUACGUUUGGUCACACUGACACCAUGGUCCACGAGAUUGGUCACAGUCUGGGGCUCUACCACGUGUUCCGGGGCAUAUCAGAGAUUGAGUCGUGCAACGACGCGUGUCUGGAGACGGAGCCCUCAAUGGAGACUGGAGAUCUUUGUGAAGACACCAAUCCCACCCCCAAGUACAAAGGUUGCCAUGACCCCGAUCCAGGCAAUGAAACCUGCGGCUGUCAGCAUUUCACACACACACCGUUUAACAACUACAUGAGCUACGCAGAUGACGCCUGUACAGAUUCCUUUACACUGAACCAGGUUGCCAGAAUGCAUUGCUACCUGGACCUGAUCUACCAGACCUGGCAACCCUCAUCAAAACCUCCUCCAGUGCCAAUGGCACCCCAAGUGGUUGAGCAUCAUCAUGAUUCCAUCACCCUGGAAUGGUUUCCACCCAUUUCCGGACACUUUUAUGACAGAGAAGUGGGAUCAGUGUGUGAUAAAUGCACGGAGGGGAGAGUUCUUUUACAGUACGCUUCCAACUCAUCGUCGCCGCGACCCUGUGCGCCCUCUGGACACUGGUCCCCACGAGAGGCUGAAGGCCCUCCAGACGUAGAACAGGCCUGUGAGCCGAGCGUGCGAACCUGGAGCCCCAACGCAGGGGUCGAGCAGGGUGUGGUGGGCUUGUCUGAGUGCCCCCUGCAGGGCUGCAUGCUCCAGCUGGAGUUUGCCUACCCGCUGGUGCCAGACUCUCUGACUGUGUGGGUCACCUUCUUCAGUCCCGAGGAAACAGCUCUGCCAGCCAUCCACAACAUCUUACUGCUGACCGUUAGUGGGAAUAACAUUUCCCUGGGCCCCAGCAAUGUCUUCUGCGACACCCCGCUUACUCUGAAGCUGGACAGAAAGGAAGAAGUGUACGGCGUGCAGUUUUUCACCAUGGAGCAACACCUGGAGAUUGAUGCCACCCUCUUGACCUCCAAGCCAGACUGCAAGCUCUGCAGACACUGCAAGCCACUGCGUUACCGCCUGCUGCGCCAGCCACCUUUCACCCAUGCUCCGUAUGGUUUGAUGCUGAAUGAACCUAUCCGCAGAUACACAGACAGAGAUGUGCUCCCACAUGUCGUGUACACCUACCAGGUCCAAACCAUCUCCAGCCGGGGUGAGAGUGAGCCCUCUCCUCCUUUGGUGCAUGAAGUGGGAGCUCCGUACUGCGGCGAUGGACGGAUCCAGAGUUCCAAAGGAGAAGAGUGCGACGAUAUGAACUCCAUGAAUGGGGAUGGCUGCUCCACUCAGUGUAAGAAGGAGCCUUUCUUCAACUGUGUCGAGGAACCGAGCUUGUGCUACUACUACGACGGAGACGGGGUGUGUGAGGACUUUGAGCGAGAGACCGGUGUGAGAGACUGUGGCCUCUACACCCCCAGUGGUUUCCUGGACCAGUGGGCCUCCACUGUGGACGUUUCUCAUGAGGAGAAACCCUACUGCUCUGGUGAAGUGGCCGCUGGAUACCCCGCCGUUACUAAAACGUGUCAGUCCAAGGUGUUAGACCUGUCGGACGGAGUGUCCCAGUACGCUUGGUAUCCCUGCCGUGAUUCCCAUGGUUCAGCCUUGGGAUAUCGCAGCUACUGGCUGAAGGCCUACUUUUCUCACCCAAUGGUGGCAGCAGCAGUAAUCAUACACCUGGCUGCUGAUGGCACAUACCUAAUGGAUCAGACCCAGUGUAAUAUUACUGUUCAGCUGGUGGACACCAAGGAAGGCAUUCACAGUCUGGGCGAGUGGCGUCUCAGCUGCCGUAACAACCCUCUGGUGGUCCCCGUCAACCACGACCUUUCGGUGGCCUUCUACCACACCAAGGCGAUCCUGGUCAUGUUUACCUCCCACCGGGUGGCCAUCUCGGGUGUAGGUCUGCGCUCCUUCCAGUCGUUUGACCCCAUCACGAUAAGUGGCUGCCAGAGCAAUGAGAUCUACAACCCCACAGGACAGAGUUGUGUGCAUUAUUCUUGUGAAGCCAUCGACUGCCAGGAACCUAUAAUCCGCAAUGCAGAGCUGAAGUGUAAUAGUCUCGGCCGCCAUUUCUACAACGGGGACCGCUGCACCAUAUCCUGCAACUCUGGAUACGUCCUGCAAGUCCACCAGGAUGAUGACAUCAUCAAGAGCCAGUCGGACUCUAUGGUGACUAUAACCUGUGCCAAUGGGAAGUGGAACAAGCAGGUGUCCUGUGAGCCCGUGGACUGUGGUCUUCCCGACAAGUACCAUGUUCACCCUGCUGUUUUCAACUUCUCUGAGGGCACAACCUACGGCAAGAGGUGCACCUUUCGGUGUCGUGAUCCGGCCCAACUUGUAGGUACCAACAACAGUCUGACCUGCCUUGAAGACGGCCUGUGGUCUUUCCCUGAGGCCCUGUGUGAACUUCGCUGCCCGGCCCCUCCUCCUGUCCCUAAUGCUGUGCUGCAAACCAAGCGUUGCAAUGAGACGGGCCUCAAAGUUGGAACCUUCUGCAAAUACAAGUGCAAGCCAGGCUACCAUGUUACCAACAAACCCAAGAGACGUGCAUUCAAGCGACAGUGCACGGAGGAUGGAAGCUGGCUUGAAGGGGCGUGCGAACCAGUGACUUGUGACCCCCCACCUCCAGUCUUCCAUGGCUCUUACCACUGUACAGAUGGCUUCCACUUUGACAGCGUCUGCAGACUCAACUGCUCUGAACCGGCUGGUAAUUUCCCCGCCAAAGGAGGCUCUGCCCAUACGGUGAGGCUGCUGCACGGUCCAUGCAAGCAGGGAGCAUUGUCCAAUGUAAUCCGCUGUAGAAAGGAUGGCAACUGGACGGGGUCAUUCCGCCUGUGUCCACACAGCAAAGGCCAGUGUUCUUUACCUCAAAACCUCCAGUACAGCCUACAGUACUUAUGCAAGCGGGGACACGGCAUAGGUGAGGAGUGUGAGCUGAGCUGCAGGGAGAGUAACAGCGACGUGGUGAUCCUGCCUAGCAACAUGACAGUUGAAAAUGUUCUCAAAGAGCACUGGCGGAACCCGCACAAAGUCAAGAGUAUAGUGUGUACAAUGGCAAUGAAGUGGUAUCCACACCCUGAGUUGCUCCACUGUAUCAAAGGAUGUGAGCCAUUCAUGGGAGACAACUACUGUGAUUCGCUCAACAACAGAGCCUUCUGUAACUACGAUGGAGGAGACUGCUGCCAAUCCACUGUCAAGACCAAGAAGGUGAUUCCUUUCCCCAUGUCUUGCGACAUUCGGGAUGAGUGUUCCUGUCGAGACCCCAACGCCAUAGAGAACAGAAAGGAGGAACACGCUCACUCCCUGGGGUGACCCACCUGAGCAGGAACCGCCAGUCUACGUCCCAGGAACCUUCGCUUCAACACAACACAACACAGCCAGAGUGGUCGAAGCAGACCCCUUCAUCCUCCUCUCGGCCUCCAACUUCCUGCACAUGCUGCUUAACAGGCAUACCUCUCUAUCCAUACUGCAACCAUAACCAGCUGAAAUCGCUCCACCUUUACAUCACGGAAAGAUCUAGAAAUGAGGAAGGGACUCAUGAGACUCCGUGGGAAACCCCAUUUCUCAGCUCCAAGGAAAGUAACCCUGCAAUAUCAUCCUAAGAACAUUUAGCAAAGAACAAAAAAAAAAAAUAAUAAUAAUAGUGAAUUAUAUGAAGCAUUUUUUUUAAAGAUUGAUAAAGCAAACGAACAAAAACAUGAAUAACCAAGCCUAUGUAGCAUGCCUUAUGUUUAGUUUUGUGCUGCAACGACAGUGUAUAUUUUAGUGACCUCUCUCUUCAAUCAUCUGAGGCGAGUGACUGAACACACGGCAACUCAAAAUGAACAAAUCGGGAUUUUGUUGUUUUUUUUUUGUUUGUUUUUUUGCCUUUCAAAUAUGAAAGAAAAACGACAACAUUUUGACACUUUAAAGGCCCGUUUGAAGAGAAGAUGGGAUUUGGCUUUUAUCUUUCCUGGUUACUGCACAGUUUGCCUUUCUGUUCGUCUGCGUCCUUUCUAAUAGUGUGUGUGAUAAUGGUCACAUGAGUUGAGUAGGUGGGGGGUAACACAGCUAUAUUCAAAGGCAACGACACUACAGGUAAAAAAAAAAAUAAUAAUAAUUAUAAAAUAAAAGUUUCCAUUGCAUUCAAACUUAAAAAAUUAACAUAUUAAAAAAAAUGUUUUUCAAGGAUAAUUUUUU